AGCCACAAUCUGUCUGGACUCUACAUCGGCAGCAUCUCACAGCUCAGCGUACUGACGGCAACACACCAGCAAGCACAAUGAGCGCAGAUGGACAAAAAGAGCUUCCUCCCUACAUCUUACCACUAGAAACUCAGGCGGCAGAUUCAGUGAAGGUUUACCACGUCCACACCCCUUUCACUCCUCCCACACAGGAAAACGUCUCCACCUCUCAGGGCACACCAGUGUACACCAGCGGAGGGGGAGGCCUGGGUUCUGGUUUAGACUCUGGAGACGGCAGAAGAAAGUUUGUGAGCUAUGAAACGGGGCUGGGAAACUCCCCCGGCAUGACGACCUGCACCGCCUGUCAGCAGCAGGUCAUGACAAAUGUCACCUACAAAGCGGGGACAUACGCCUGGCUGAUGUGCCUACUCUUCAUCUGCUGCGGGUUGGUCCUGUGCUGCUGCCUGAUUCCGUUCUUCGUGAAACACUUCAAGGAUGCAUACCACACAUGCCCCCGCUGCAACAGGGUGCUGCACGUUGAGAAGAAAAAAUGCUGUAAAUGACGGACAUGAGGGCAGAAAAACGGAUCCAUAGAAAUAAAACCACAUCCUGUGACCUUCGUCUGAGGCCACAGUUCACAUGUAGAUUAUUUCUAUGGACGGUUCAUUGUGUUGGCCGCCGCAAAAUCAAACAUGAAUGACUUUCUGCAUUGAAUUAUAUUAUUAGCAAACAGACUGGGAGCGUUGUUGAGUUGUCAUGUGCUGACUUUUAAAGCUCUGGCAAGUUGAAGCGCACCCCAUGCACUUUUGUUUUUGUUUUUUUUUUGGAACUGUUAGAAUAUCAUUAUACUCAUAAACCUUUGCAUACAUAAUGUUGAAAACAAUGAAGGCUUGUAUAUAGACUUUAACAAAUACUUUAUGUCUGAAGGGAUUGUGCAUGUGAAAUUUAAACAUUCUGAAUAAAUACCAACACUCUGACACAAGCCAACACAAUGAACCAGAGCAGAGAGCAAAAUCACUGUUAUAUUUGCUCAUCUUCUGUUAUUGCACAGUACAUUUGUGUUGGCUUUGUUUUCUGCUUGUCAGAAAUGAAACUCCCUGCAGUAAAAUUAGACCAAUGCGGCUAAUUUAUUGUAAUAUUUAUGUAUUCUCAGUAAGAAAAAUUCCUCUGAAACAAACAUUCCAUCAUAACAUUGCCAAGGACGAUGCCAAAAUAAAGCUAUAAUUAUAUAAUAUAAUAACCUUAAUAAUAUAUUUUUUGUCUGAUUGCUCUUUUGUUCAAACUUAAUGAGGGGAAAAAACUUUCUGCUUCAUAAUACGACCACAAUGUGUGAGAGAAAGCAGAGAAAAUGUUCAUCACCCCUCAUGUUCUGUUAUUCACCAUUAUGAGCUAUUUCAUAACACUAUUUCUCUAAUAAAAGUAGAUUAUAACGAUUA